AGAGAGGCUGAGGUAAACAGGAGACACGCACGUUGUGCGAGAUCGAUCUAUAGAGUACGUGGAAAACAGUUGACAGAAACAUCACGAAACAACUACAUAGGGAGGCGCAGCGGUUGUUCCUCGAACCAACGCGUACUCAGUUUAUUGCUAGACGAUAACGUAAUCGCGAUGUUGUUUCGCUUAGGAGAGAGACUGACGUUGGGCGGUAGAUUUAUUAAGCAGUGGCAUAAAAGAAGUUUACUAUCGAAUUUUACUCUGAAGUGGAUAUCGGGUGGUCCUAAAACAGAAUUGAUAUAUGAACACCAUAAGCCAGGAGUAAUCAUGUUGCUCAAAUUUUUUGGAGCAUCCCAGUUAAUUCUUUGGCCAUACAUGAACUACGCUAUAUGUGAUCUCUUAGAGAGAAAGAAGACCGUCAGGAGAAAUCCUGAAGGCGACAACACGACGAUGAAGCGCAUAUCCCGGAAGGUCGCUGAAAGCUCGUUCUUUUAUUUUGCUCAAAUCGUUGGAAUGGGAAUUGGAUUAUUGCUUGCUGGCGCUUCAUUCCUCGUCGCCAAACAAACAGCCAAAAGGGUUUUUCUGCUAGGCAGAAGCCGUGUUCAGUUCGAAACCUACGGUAUUUUUAUACCAGAAAAGUUUGAAACUAAUCUGGAGCAAGUGAGUGCCAAACGGGGCCGCAAUCCCGAGGCUCUCUCUUAUAUACCUAUAAAGGUAUCAGAAAGGACAUUAUAUGUGCUUCUGGACCAAUAUGCAGGCCAUUUCCCUGUGCCGAAACUUUACGAUAGGACUGUUGGCGUAACAAGGCCUUUGUAAUCGAAAUUCUGCAAAGAUUUAGGAUUUUUCAAUCGUAUGGAUACUCGCAUAUCGUAGUGCUCUCGCAAAUUAAAAUCGGCGGCGGCUAAUUAUAACGAGGGGAGUCACAAUAAAUGUUUUUGGACGUCUUUAAAACCACGAGUUCUUGUUUAGGUAGGCUUUCAAAGAUGUGUUUCUACGUUCUGAUGAGUUCUCGAUAAUACUAGUGCUAAAAACUUGUCACAGACAAAAAACUUCCUAAGUGCAAUAUGCAGUAAAGCAACGUCAUAUGACUGUUUUUAAUCAUAUCGCACCAAAACCUUAAUUCAAUUUUUGGGACUUCAUCAAGUCAAAUUAUUCAACCAUACACUUUAGUAAAACUGAUUUAUUCAUUUAUUUUUAGUUAUUAUUUAACAUAUAUAUAGAUAUUUAAAAUUAAUCUGACACAUCUAUUGGUAAAAAUUCCGUUGGAACUUGGAAAUGCCAAUCGUUAUCUCCGUCACACUGAUCUGUGCCAGCUUUACAGCGAUAUUUGCUUUGCUUAACUGUUUAUACGUGUAUUGGGUUCUUUCUUGAAGUUACUUAUAGCAUUUAGCUCGUUCAGUAAUCGUGAAAGAUCUUUCGCGAAUUUUUACGAAUCCCGCAAAUCUGAAAAUAUUCUCGCAGGCUAAUGGCAAUAAGUCUGCGAACAGCUUUAUAAGGUCGACGUAGAGUAAUGUCACUCUUAUGCUCUGUCGAUCUAAGUUGUACCACCCAAAGGAUCUUAACUUGAUCCUAACCAAGCUAAAACAAUCGUUAAUUAUUACUUGAGUAUUAAUACGUUACGCCGACAUGUAUGUUAUAUUGUUUGAGUGGGUUAAAGUUUUUGAAUCUAAACACCGUUUUAUACGACUGCUGCCUUCUUAGAGAUACGAACGUAUUUUUCUCCAUUUUUAUGGGUAGUGCAAUGAUAUUCGUUUAAACACUUCUUUGGUAAGCCUACAAUCUAAAAUAAAAAGAACUUAAAUUAUUUGAAAUUGCAAUAUAACUUAGCUCGUACGCGCAAAACGUACACACUCUUUUUUCUUAAGCCAGUAAGCUAAUGUAUCGUUAACAGAUAUUUAACACUGUAAAUGUUUUCUGAGGUUAAAAGAUAUCUAUAACAAAUAUAUGGUAGAUGUAAAUAUAACAGAGUCUAUGAAAGUAGCUUGAAGAAUAGUUUUAAGUCCACAUUUAGAAAAUUCUAGAAUUAGAGAAAAAAAAAAGUAAUAGAAGCUGUGUGUUGUGCGAACGUAAAAAUGGGGUGGAAAUGGCUAGCCGUUAAGUUACAAGUCGUAAAAAUAAUUUUUUAUUAAUGCUUUCAUAUCUUUACCCAGUAGCAAUCUGCGGUAAGAAGCAUAGAUAAUGUUACUAAAUACUAAUGAUUAAACAGAAUCAAGCUACAGAAAAUGAAUGAGAAAUGGUGAAAAUUCAUUAUUAUUUUUUUUUUGAGCUUCGUUUAUCUGAAUUAUAACGUGAAUUAUGUAGAGGACGUAAUUACAAUACUUUGUUUACUACAAGCCUUGUGUAUUUGAUAGAUAACCUUGAACUUGUUAUACGGUCAAAAAUUAAGCAUAUCGCCUAUUCUCGGACACAAGUAUGUGAUUUCCUCGAUACCUUUAGAAAUACGUUUUUGUCUGUAAAGAACGAACAAAUAAAGCUUAUAUAUUGUGGGUAAAUUCAUUUAUCUGCAAAACAUAAAUUUAAUCAUGCAAUAACAAAUUUUCAGCGAAUCUCUAAAAAUUAUAUUUACAAGGUGGUGAUUAACUUUAAAAGGUGCCAUUUGUAUCCUGUGCGAGGCAUGGUAUAUAAAAAAUGAAAUUUUAAUUGCUCAAAAAUCUGCUUGAAUUGAAGAUGAUUGAACCACCUUAGGUCAUUCACCACUUUGAAAGAUCAUCAUACUGCGAUGGAUAUCGAAAUAUUCACAUUAAACUCUCACAUGGUUUAAUUAUAGUAAAUGCAUUCUCACUUGUGAUUUAAUUAAAAAAGUAGAUGAAAAGAUUGGGCACGGAAGUCUGCCGACCUUGAGCAUCAGUCUAGAAACAUAUUUUGAAGUUUGUACGUAAAAUGAUGGGUUAGAGUUAAUUAACAUUUAAAAGAUUCUUAAAGGGCCAACUAUUAUAAUAGAUCUGAUUGGAAAUACUGGAACUUAUGACAAAGUGAGUAUUUGCAUUAGCUAACAAAGAACCCCAAGAGUAACAAAACCACAUUAAACUGUGAGCUCUAUCUGAGCAGCGCAGCAUACAUCGUAUAAAGUUGUGUCACCUGCAUAUUUUUUCAAAACGAAAUUCGGUGCGUACCUUCUGUUGAUACCUGUCGCCAGAAAAGGAAGAUUUCUUUUAGAUGUUUUUUUUUUAAAAAGGAACAUUUGGAAGAAAAAUCCUUGCAAGUCUAUUGGAACCCAGUUUUUGGGUUACCUUUUUGGGCUGAUUCCAGAAAAUGGGCUUUGUAAACGUGAACACUUAAGUAUUGUGCAAAACAGACUGAUUUUACAAAAUGUAAUACAGUCUGCCUUGUACAGCCUUGUGAAUGAAUGUUUCCUAUUCAACAAUGGCUAUAUAUAAAUUAAUGGCCCAUUUCAUUAGAAGAAAAUACCCAUCAUACAGUCGCGCAGCGGAAUCGACGAAGAAGCACGUAUAUAGCUGCUAUCCAAUUCACAGUAGGUAA